UUUACGGCAGGACCCAGCACCACGCGGCGUCUACGUCUGCUCUGGCCCAAGCAGCACCCCCAAUCCGUGUGUGCACCCCACAAAUUGACUCCCUAUCCACCCCAGGACCAGGAUGGAGGAGGACUUCUCCUCCCAGAUGAAGAAGAUGGCCUUGGCCUUGGGCACGUCCCUAUCAGACAAGGACAUUGAGCUGCUGCCCACGGACAUAAGACACCACGGGUCCUUCAACUACCUCAAGUUCUUCGAGCACAUGCGCAAGUUCCACGCCUCGGGCCAGCUGGACGACGCCAUCCGCAAGGCCUUCCAGGCCCUGGACAAGGACAAGAGCGGCUUCAUUGAGUGGAACGAGAUCAAGUACAUCCUGUCCAUCAUCCCCAGCAGCGGGCCCACCGCCCCGCUGACAGACGAGGAGGCCGAGGCCAUGAUCCAGGCGGCGGACACAGACGGGGACGGGAGGAUCGACUACGAAGAAUUUUCUGAAUUGAUCAAAAAGGAGAAAAUUCCAAAGAAGAAGUAG